CAUCUUUGGUGUACCUGAUAGAAACAGGAGAGGUGAGACUAACUAACCAUAGUUUGCAAACAUGAAGCUUAUUCUUGCUGCGCUGGCGUUGGUUUUGGUGGUCGAGGUUCGUGCACAAUGGCAUCGUUACCCAGGACAAGCCAUCGGAGGUGCAAAGGACAUGUGGCGUGCCUACAGGGAUAUGAGGGAGGCCAACUGGAAGAAUUCAGACAAGUAUUUUCAUGCACGUGGGAACUAUGAUGCUGCAAAAAGAGGCCCGGGAGGCAGAUGGGCAGCGAAAGUCAUCAGUGAUGGAAGAGAAGCAAUACAGGGUGCCAUUGGUCGAGGAGCCCAAGAUUCAGCAGCUGACCAAGAGGCCAAUCGAUGGGGGAGAAAUGGCGGAAACCCAAACCGUUACAGACCUAAAGGACUUCCACAACGGUACUGACCUAAAAACAUGACCAUCAACAUAACAGAAGACAGCUUUGACCUUAACCAUCAGUGAUGCUUUAAUAACUUUUCUUUGUUUUUACCACCAAUAUUAAGAUGCACAUGAGAAACAUAUAUUUGUUAUAUUUGUUAUUUGUAUUAUUUCAUUUAAUUACAUAUUAAAACUUUUAGAUGAUUGUAUUGUUGCAUGUCUGUCAAUAAAACAAAAUGUAACCAAAUCAAA